AUGUCUCUUACUUUUUACCAGACAAAGUCCUGUAGAUAUAAAAAAUGCAAAAGAGACUCCUGUCAAGAGCAAUUCAUUAUAAACCAAGGAAUCCAUACAAAUGAGAAGCCCUACAAGUGUAGGGAGUGUGGGAAGGCUUUUAAAUAUGGCUCACGACUAAUCCAACAUGAGAAUAUCCAUUCGGGCAAGAAGCCUUAUGAAUGUAAAGAGUGUGGGAAGGCCUUCAAUUCUGGUUCAAACUUCAUACAACACCAGAGAGUUCAUACAGGUGAGAAACCUUAUGUGUGUAAAGAUUGUGCUAAAGCCUUUAGUCGAAGUUCCCAGCUCAUUGAGCAUCAGAGAAUCCAUACUGGGGAGAAACCCUACCAAUGUAAGGAAUGUGGCAAGGCCUUCAAUCGUAUCUCACAUCUCAAAGUACAUCACAGAAUUCAUACUGAGGAAAAGCCCUAUGUGUGUAAGGAGUGUGGGAAGACCUUUAGUCAUAGGUCUCAGUUGAUUCAACAUCAGACUGUUCAUACUGGCAAGAAACUCUUUGAGUGCAAAGAGUGUGGGAAGGCUUUUAAUCAAGGGUCUACUCUAAUCCGACAUCAGAGAAUUCAUACGGGAGAGAAACCAUACAAGUGUAAGGCAUGUGGCAAGACCUUUAGAGUGAACUCACAGCUUAAGCAACAUCACAGAAUUCACACUGGAGAGAAACCGUACCAGUGUAAGGUUUGCAGUAGGGCCUUCAAGCGGGUCUCACAUCUCACAGUACAUUAUAGAAUUCAUACGAAUGAGAAGCUGUUUGAGUGCAAGGAAUAUGAGAAGGCCUUUAGUCAUUGCUCACAACUGAUUCAACAUCAGGUGAUCCAUUCUGAGGAAAAGCCCUACAAGCAUAAAGAACGCCGGAGGAAUGUAAAGCAUGAUCCAACAUCUGAGCAUCCGAGAAUACACACUAGAGGAACACAUAUGAACAUAGUAAAUGUAGAAAAGCCAUCUCUUGGCACUUACCCACUAUCAUCAGGGAAUUUGUUGGCAAGCAACCGUGUGAAUGGAAGUAAUACAAAGAGCCCAUAUGCUUAG